AUGAACGGUCACAGCAGGGAGGUACAGGUCUUUGUCCGGAUCAGACCGACUGAAAACUUGGCCCAAGACCUCAUUGAAUGUCUUCCUGACGGACAGACAGUAAACAUCUAUCAAAGUAAAGACUCCAGGAGGGUCCUUGAAUCCAGGAAAGGUCAGUUGAGCUCCUGGUCUUUUCGGCUAGAAGGGGUCUUGCAGAAUGCGUCCCAGGAAGAGGUGUACACCCGAGUGUGCAAACCAGUGCUACUGGGAGCACUGGAUGGCUAUAACGGUACAGUGAUGUGUUUUGGGCAGACAGGUUCAGGAAAAACCUACACCAUGACAGGAUCUAGGGAGUCGUAUAAGCAGAGAGGCAUCAUUCCUCGGGUGCUUCAGGAGGUGUUUCAAAAGAUGAAGAGGAGAACUGAGCUCACCUUCUCAGUCCACCUAUCCUACCUGGAGAUUUACAAUGAGACCCUGGUGGACCUGCUGUCAUCGCUGCAGGACUCACCCCACCCGUCUCCUCGGGGCAUGGCGGUGAUGGAGGAGCCGCGCAGAGGGGUGGUCAUCAGAGGUCUGUCUCGUCACCAUGUUCACUGCGAGGAGGAGGCUCUCGACCUAUUGUUUGAAGGUGAGAUGAAUCGCAUUGUUGGAUCUCAUAGCCUGAACAGGAGAUCCUCCAGGUCACAUUGUAUCCUAACUGUGCAUAUUGAGUCUCGCUCACAGACUUUGUCUGGUGCCAAAUAUAUGACCUCCAAGCUGAAUCUGGUGGACUUGGCUGGGUCUGAGAGGCUGGCAAAGACUGGGUCCCAGGGUCAGAUGUUAAAGGAAGCCAUGUACAUCAAUAAGUCUUUGUCAUUCCUGGAGCAGGCCAUUCUGGCUCUAGCAAACCACCGCAGAGACCACAUACCCUUCAGACAAACUAAACUCACACAUGCCCUCAAAGACUCACUAGGAGGAAACUGCAACACUGUGCUUGUGGCCAACAUCUAUGGUGAAGCUGCACAGAUAGAAGAAACGCUCUCUACGCUGCGUUUUGCCAGCAGAAUGAAGUGUGUCCAGACGAACCCCGCUGUCAAUGAACACAUGGAUCCAGCAGUUCAGAUCAAGAAACUUCAAAAGGAAGUACAGAUGCUGAAAGACGAACUGUCCAUCUACAAUAUACCGUUGAAUAGACGACCGAGCAUCACAUACGAACCGUUGUCUGGAGCCCAGCUGGCUGAGAUCCAGAGCCAGGUUCAGAGGUACCUUGAGGGAAGCCUGGAGGAAAUCAGUGUGACGAGUGUCAAGCAGGUUCAAGCAGUGUUUGCCCAAUUCAAGCUUGCUGUGCGGGAGCAGGAGCAGAAGGUGAAGGCUCAGCUAUGCCAAACCUACAACUUGGUGAAGAAAGACCAAAGUGGUGGUGCAGCGGCUAUUGAGGAACGAGAUAGCAGAAGUAUUCCUGAGGAUGUGGACGCUGGCAGCUUGUUGGCAUCUGCUCCGUCACAGAAACUGACUCAUCAUCCAAGUUCAACCAAAGACAAAACUAAGACAUCCAGUGACACACAGAGGCCUCCUCCAACUAAAGCAGAGGCAUUUGAGGAUUUCAAGGUGGGACAAGGCAGCAAGAUCAGCCUUAUUUUUAAGGAGAACAAGGCUGUUCUGCUGCAACGCCGCAGUCUUCUUCAACAGCUCACUGAAGAGGUCAAUGCUGUCAAGAAAGAGAUCGACUGCACCACAGCCACCUUACAGCAGUACGAGGAGAUUAGAGGAGGCCAAGGUCAGUGUUUGGUUAUGACCGGGGGCCCAACGCUGCAGGAGCCAGAUGCCUCUUUAUUGGUGCAUCUUAGAGAACUUCAAGCACAGUACCGGCGGAGAUAUGAGGCGCUGUGUGACCUCAAGGCAGAAGUCUACUACUGCCAACACCUCGUGGAUCAGUGUAAAGUGCGCCUGCUUUCUGAAUUUGAGACCUGGUAUGAGCAGUCUGUCCUGUUGCCUUAAGAGGAGCUGGACCCAACUAUGGAGAAGAACUGUGCACAAGACUUCUGA